GGUACCCUUUUUGAAAGCAGUCGGCACCAUGGCGCACCGAGGACGGGUACCUCUCCUUCUCCUCUCCGCUCUCUGCGUCCAGUUCCCCCGGAGUCUCUGUUUUAACCUGGACACGGACGAUCCUGUGGUCAAGAAAGGGCCGGAGGGCAGUCACUUCGGCUAUUCCGUGGCGCAACACCAAAUCAUGCACCAUGGCAUAGCGGUGGUCAGGGAAAAUGUUUUAAUUGUCGGAGCCCCUAAAUCAGAGAACCCGUACCAACAGUGGGUGGCCCUGCCUGGUGCCGUGUACAAGUGUCGGAUGACAACCAAUGAGAGGGACUGUAGGAUCGUACAGGUUGACACGGCAGACAUCGCUGAAGACCGAAACAGAACGGGACAGUUCCUCGGUGCUACCGUCAGAAGUAUGGGUCCAGGAGGAAAAGUCAUGGCAUGUGCACCAAAAUAUCGUGACGUGUACACAAGAGGCGAAGUGAGGGUCUGGGAACGAGGGCGAUGUUAUCAGCUGAACCAGGAGCUCGUUCCCGAUAUCCACCACUCUAGUCAGGGGAUCUGGAACCUGUGUGACGACCUGCCGGCCGGACAUUCCCAGUACGGGUACUGUCACCUCGGGACUGCUCUGGAAUUCUCACACGACGGACAAGAUGUCAUGAUAGCAGCACCCGGUGCCUUCCAUUGGUCAGGUACGAUGUUUGUGACGAGUAUGAGUGACCUGUCUCUGGACCUGACCGUCUACCAGUCUAGACGGGAGAGCUUCGACGAGUUUGGACUGGACACCAACAGUUUAUUAGGCUCGUCGUUAUCGUCGGGAUUUUUCCGCGCGGGAGAGUUGCAGUACGUUGCAGGAGCGCCCCGUGCGGGAGACAUCGGUGCUGUAGCGUUCUUCACCAAGACGUACUUUGAGCUCGAGUUGCUGUUGGUCAUGCACGGCUACCAGGUGGCCUCGGCCUUCGGGUUCGCCAUCUGCGGACUUGAUCUAAACGGAGACGGGUUAACAGAUCUGGCUGUCAGUGCGCCGCAGUACACGGAUGGCAACGCAGGGGGCGCUGUUUACGUGUAUAUCAACGGUGACAAGGGCAUCAACGGAAGUGAACCGAUCGUUCUAACAGGGACCAGUGAUUCUAUGUUUGGAUAUUCCAUGGUUGACGCUGGGGAUGUGAAUAUGGAUGGAUUCCACGAUUUGGUGGUCGGUGCACCAUAUGAAGAUAACGGUGCUGUGUACCUGUACCUGGGGAAUCAACAUCGCGGUCUCUCCACAACACCGUCACAGAAAAUCCUGGCCUCAGACCUCCUCAUCCCCGGACUAAAGUCGUUUGGAUUCUCCCUGUCCGGCGGCCUCGAUCUGGACGAGAACGGGUUCCCGGAUGUAGCCGUCGGUGCGUUUGAAUCUGAUCACGUGGUGUUGUUAAGGUCCCGCACGGUACUAACUAUAGAGGCAAAGAUGUAUGGACCCAACUAUAGAAUCGAUCCCAAGACUAGAACAUGUGAUCUCAACGGCAAAUCGUACACCUGUUUUCAGAUCAAAUUUGGUUUCCGCUACUCCGCCAGUUCACCAUUUGACAACGAUGUUGACUUGACGUACCGGUUGGAGGGAGACGCCAUCUACCGGUCCUGGGGGCUGGGUCCGCGGUUGUUUUUUCCGGGGGAGGGCAGGUCUGUGUUUGAAGGCUCCAUACGUGUACCCAGACAGGGCGCCAAGGAAUGGGCCGACAGGACCAUCACUGCUUACGUCAAGCCGGACACGAUGGCGAUCCUGCACCCGUUGGUAGUGAACCUGACCUGGUCCCUGUGGGACACCUCCUCCAGCAGUAAGCUGUUCUCGGUACCGGGGUACCGAGUACCCAGCCUCGACAGCCGGCCCAUUCUCAACCUGCUUCAGCCGCAGUACAAGGAGGUGGAGAUUGGUUUUGUGAAGGAAUGUGGAGCAGAUUCUGUCUGCAUCAGUAAUCUGAAACUACAGGCACAGUUACUUCUGUUUGGAAAUCCUCCGACGUUUAGUCUCGGCAGUUCUCGCGAGAUCCGUGCUGAGGUCCAGGUGGAUAACGAAGGCGGAGAGCCUGCGUACAACACGGAGCUGCGCGCCUACCUGCCGGAGAGACUGUUCUACGCGGGGAUGAUAGAGCACAAUUCAGGGGAGACGCGAGUAUCGUGUCGCACGGUGGAAGAUAACUCAUCCGUGGUGAUCUGUGAGGUUGGAAACCCCGUGUCCAAGUCGUCUAUCCAGUUAUUCACGUUGAGACUUCUGACCACGAUGCUGCGACCAUGGGACAGGAGUAUCAAGAUACCUCUCACACUGCACACUAUCUCCCAUCCCCGCCAGGUGCUGUACGGCGGAGACCAGCGCGGACUGAGCGCCAUGGAGUACCAGGCACAGAUCGGUACUGCGGUCAACCAUACGUACGUGAUACGUAACCACGGCAGAGGCACAGCCCCUGGCGCUGUAGUCAGGAUCAUGUGGCCGUAUGAGAUACAGAACACUCAUCUUCACCCCAACGGCAAGCUGCUAUUGUAUAUGACAGAUGUUAAGCUGGUUGGUCGCGGGCGAUGUUUCCCACCAGAGGAGCAUAGGAACUUCCUGAAGCUAAAGCCUGGCCGCAGACCAAAUCUCCUGACCGCCCCGCGACAAGGGACGAUAGACCGCACCAGAUGGCGCGUGCACGUGUCCAGGACACUCAGGAAGAAGGCUGCAGCCAGGGAGCCGCGCAGUUUGGAAGACGACUUCGACGAGGAAGACUUCGACGAGGACUUUGAAGAGGAAGAUUACUUUGAGGAAGAGUCCGGUGAAGCAAGUCCAGAUUCGUAUAAAGAACAGCAGCUAGACGGAGUAGUCACUUUGGACUGCAUGUCCGGCACAGCGCGUUGUUUCGAGUUCAACUGCACACUGGACACACUGCUGGUCAACCGGUCAGUGGUCAUCACCGUGGAAGCGAGGUUGUGGAACACCACCUUUACUCAGGAAUAUCCAUUAGUAAGUCAUGUGGACAUCUUGUCCCACGCUGAAGUGGAACUUGUGAAGAACUUUGAGAACAUGGAACAGUCCAGAAGCUUUAACGACAAGGCAACGGUAGUAACGAAAGCCUUACCAGAAACAAGGCCGGUGAGUCUGGCAGAACAAGUGGAAGUCUGGACGAUACUGUUAGGAAUACUACUGGGGCUGUUACUACUCUUACUCAUAGCUUUGUGUCUGUGGAAGUGCGGGUUUUUCAGACGGGUGUCAGUACGAGAACAAUACGAGGCAAAAUACUACACAGCGACAAAAAUUCCCCGAGCAAAAGUUAUCGAGACGAACUUUUCGCCCAGCUACUACGAGAGUAGUAUAUACGAUGCCAGCAAAUAUGAAACAAGUUUCCAGUGAACAUCAGGACCACGGGUUCAUGAUCUGAAGAUCAAACUUCUUGGAAAUUUUAUUACCUCCGGGGGAGGAGACAUCCUUCCGCGGAAGGGUUUUG